AUGCAGAAGGGGCUUGCGCGGGGUGUCGAAUUGAGUCUUCCAGAGGACGUAUGGAGGAAUGUGGCGUCCCAUAUGACAUUGAGGGAGUGGGCGAGGGUGUCCGGGCUGUGCAAAUCCACUUGGAAGCUUGACCUGCAUUCCAUCUUGGUGCCAGAGCAAGGCAGCCUGGGGAAAGUGGAGGACGCGUAUGCCAUGAUGGCCGCACAGCCUUGUGCCAAGGAGGUGACGCAGCUGCAGCUGGAGUGGAUCACCGACCGGAUGGACAGCAUGAUGGACACCACUGGCCUUGCCCUUUUGACCUGGCUGAUCGCAUGCUGCACAUUUGCGCUCACUCCGCCUCAGAUUUGA